UCUUCUUUCUCGGGAAUCGUCAGCGAUCUCAUUAUCAGUUGUUGCAGAGGGUAUAAAAGAUGAUGUCCACAUUCGAAACAGCUGAUUUGUUUUCGUUCGGUUUUACGGGAGAGUCGUGAAGAUGGUGAGGUUAUUGCUCCUAUUGCUGGUGACAGGAUGGACUUAUUCCGAGGCAUCCAUCAGCUUAAGCCGGACUCAGUCCCCUGCGGAUGGCGAUCAUCCUGUUUCGGCACGGAGAUCGCAGUCCAAUCAGCACGUAUCAAACGGAUCCCUACAGGAACUACCCGUGGAUCGGAGGAUUCCUGGCACUACAACCUAAAGGAAUCGCUCAGAUGUACGACUUGGGACGGAGGUUGCGCGACCGGUACGGAUUUCUGCUUCCGGAGCACGGAAUGUACACUCGGGAAAGCACCCAGGUACUGAGCAGUGCCUCUGAGCGGUGCAUCCUAACCGCGCAGAGUUUGCUGGCGGCGUUCUACGAACCCUCGAAGGAUGCAAUCGACAUCCCGAUUCGGUGGCAACCCGUUACGGUGAACGUGCUUAAGCCGGAGGAUGAUAUUCUUUUGGGACAGCGAAGAUCGUGUCCCAGGUUGAACCAAAUUAGAGACGAGCUGAUGGUUAAUCCACCGCCAGAGUUCGAGCAAUGGCUGCGCGAGGGGAUCGCCAUGAAGGACUACGUUUCGGCUAGUAUUGGACUGGCGCUGCCGACGAUGCGGCAUCUGUUCGAGAUAUGCGACGCACUGGAGGUGUACCACGAGCAUGGAUUUGAGCUGCCGGCUUGGGCGGGCAAGAUAUUCCCCGACCAGGUCAGCGAGUUUAUUCGAGGCUAUCAGCUGACGUUUUCCGGAACGGAGGAGUUGAAGCGCAUUCGUGGUGGAGCGAUUUUGAAGCAUUUGAUUGCAAAGAUGCGGGCAAGUCAGAACGGAACGCUGAGUCAGUCUUUGCUGUUCUACUCGGGCCAUGACGUGACUCAGACGAAUCUGUUUAAUGCCAUGGGAGUUGAGCAGUUGCUGAAGGGACGUCCUGGAUAUGGAGCGACUACCGUGUUUGAGCUACAUGAAACGGUGGGAAGCGAUAUGGAGGUGCGGAUGUUUCACUAUGCAAAUACGGAUCAGAGGGAUCCUAUUUUUGUGGACAUACCAAACUGCGGAAAACCGUGUUCUUUGGUCCAUUUUGAACGAUCUGUUAGUGGAAUGUUGCUGGAAGAUUAUGAUAGGCAAUGUAGCAGACAAUAAAUCGAAUCUCAAUACUAGUAUCACUCUC